AUGAUGCAAAUAAGAGAAUUUCUUUGUAUAUACCGUAUAGUAGCUUCUGGUACAAUAAUUUUUUCUGGCCUUGCAAGACGUGGGUGUAUUUGUUUGUUGGCCAGUCACGUGCCGUCGCCAAGACCUUUAAACUUCAAAUCUUUGACGGUCUGGACCAAACAUCCAAAUAUCGGACGACAGACAUCAACCCCUUAUCUCCCCUCACUCACCAUGGCUACUGCAGGUACCUUCAUGCAGCGCUGCCGCCGCGCACUGACAGAGAUUCCCCGACUUACACCCCAAUUGACAUGUCAACUACCCAGAAAGCCAUUCCACCACCACCACUGCCCCCGCUUCUUAACCACCGCCCCCGCCAGCACGGCCCUAACCGGCUUCUCCCAACCCCUCCCAGACGUCGCGCCGCGCACCCGGCUGACCCCACUCUCGCCAUCCUACUACACGGGCAGUCCAGACUACUAUGACAACCUGCUGGCGCUGCAAGACCUGCUCCGCAGCCACCAAGCCCUGCCGACCAUCCACGGCGACGAAGCGCCGGAAGUGCGGUGGAAGACGAUGGACGAAUACCGCCUCAUGAUCGGCGACCGGGUGAAGCCGUCGCGCUACAACAAGGUGAUACGCAUCCUCGACCGUCUGAACCGCAUCGACCCGGCCAUCAUGCCAGCCGAGACCAAGGCGGCGCUGUCCCUCUACAUGCGGCCCGAGAACCCGGAGCUGAAGGAGAGGGCGGCGCGCACCGUGGACGGCUUCGGCAGGGCCUACGCCAUCGGUCGGAGAAAGACCGCCGUCGCUAGGGUGUUCUUGGUGGAGGGGGAGGGGCAGACGCUCGUCAAUGGGUUGCCCAUCAUCAAGAAGUUCUCGCGCGUCCACGAUCGGGAGAGCGUGCUUUGGCCGUUGAUCGUUACGAACCGUGUGGAUAAGUAUAAUGUUUUCGCCGUCGUCAAGGGUGGGGGUAAGACUGGGCAGGCUGAGGCGUGCACUUUGGCUAUUGCUAGGGCGUUGAGAAUACAUGAGCCUGCUUUGAAACAUGCGCUUAGGGAAGCUGGGUGCGUUACUGUAGAUCACAGACAGGUCGAGAGGAAGAAGCCGGGUCACGUAAAGGCGAGGAAGAUGCCGGCCUGGGUCAAGCGUUAG